GGGCGCCGCCGGCGGCAGCAGCGAGUGUAAGAUGGUCGAUCUGCACGGGGUGAAGGUGGCUUCUUUCCUGGUGGAGGGGCAGGAGCUGAUCUGCCUGCCGCAGGUCUUUGACCUCUUCCUCAAGCACCUGGUGGGGGGGCUGCACACGGUCUACACCAAGCUGAAGCGGCUGGAUAUAUCGCCCGUGGUGUGCACGGUGGAGCAGGUCCGCAUCCUGCGGGGGCUGGGAGCCAUCCAGCCCGGCGUGAACCGCUGCAAGCUCAUCACCAGGAAAGACUUCGAAACUUUGUACAACGACUGCACCAACGCCAGCUCACGGCCAGGAAGACCUCCCAAGCGCUCUCUGGGAGUUGCAAUACAAGAAAACGCACGUCUUCUGCCCCAUGGAGUCCCAGGCCUGUUAUCACCAGGACUUAUCUCCCCGACAGAUUUAAGAACUUUGUUUUUUCCUGAUGAAACCCAGAUAAAGUUUGCAAAGCUCAAGACUCUUCAAAUCCAAGGUCUAACAGCAGCUGCCAUGGCUGAAGCAAUGAAGUUACAAAAGAUGAAGCUUAUGGCAAUGAACAGCCUGCAUGGAAGUGGAAGCCAAAAUGGAACAGAAUCAGAGAAUGAAGAGCUCAAUUCUAAUGCAGGUGGGAGUGAAUCCUCCUGGGAUAAAGAGAAACUUCAAUCUCCUAUUACCACAGGAUCACAGCAUGGUGUUGGUCAUGCCACAUUAUCAGGGCAAUCCAGUCUCGGAAGUGCACAUCCCCUCAGUCCUCUCCAGCAAAAUCACCUGCUCGCCAACAGGAUAGAUCUGCCAUUCAUGAUGAUGCCCCAUCCUCUACUCCCAGUCAGCCUACCUCCUGCUUCUGUUGCAAUGGCAAUGAAUCAGAUGAACCACCUCAAUACUAUAGCUAACAUGGCUGCUGCAGCCCAGAUGCAUAGUCCUCUUUCCAGAGCAGGGGCCUCAGUUAUAAAGGAGAGGAUUCAAGACAGCCCUUCUCCUGCUCCAUCUCUGGAAGAUAGUCAGAGGCCGGGGAGUCAUGCUUCUUCACAUCAGAGCAGCAGUGUGUCCAGCUCUCCAUCCCAGCUUGACAACACACCAGAUAGAAUUGCUAUUCUGACCAACACCAGAGAAGGAGAACUCAUUGAUCAAGAUACUGGGACCAAUUUAAAAAAACUCCAAAAGGAGAAAGAGGAGGUCCAAAUUGCUAUUCCAGUAAUGAAACCAACCUUAGAUAAAGUCCAACUGGCUGGACAGACUUUGCCUCCUGGAUUCCCUGCACCAUUUCUUUUUGCUGAUGGUUUAUCAUCAGUAGAAACUCUAUUAACCAACAUUCAGGGUCUUCUGAAAGUAGCUGUGGACAAUGCAAGGGUCCAGGAAAAACAGAUACAGCAGGAAAAGAAAGAGUUAAAGAUGGAGCUUUGUAGAGAGAGAGAACUAAGAGAGAGCUUAGAAAGGCAACUUACAGCUGAGCUGCAAAGCAGAGCAACAAUUCAAAAGCGCUUGAAGAAAGAAAAAAAAGCAAAGAGAAAAUUGCAGGAAGCCCUGGAGUUUGAAUCAAAGAGAAGAGAGCAAGUGGAACAGGCACUUAAACAGGCCACGUCAGGCGAUGGUCUCAGGAUGUUAAAUGAUGCUGGAAUCCCAGACAUGGAAAUAGAACACAAUGGAACUCAACAUGACAGUGCAGCAAUGCAAGGAAAAGAAAAUGAAUUUUUCCAGCAGAAAAGCUUCUCCAUCCAUUAUAUUCUAUGUAUCCAUUAUUGGUUCUUAGGAAGAAGAUGUGAACAUUUUAAUCAGAGAUAAAGCUUUAGUAGGCUUGAAUCUUAUCUCAGCACUAACUACAAUACUGUUUCACUAUGUAUUCACCUGGGCGUUUGCAACCAACAUCUGCAUAUCUUGUAUUUAGUGUAUGAUAGACUUGCCCUUCUCUUCUGUAACACAUUAAAAAAAAUCUCAUUUUAUAUUCAGGUUACCAGCUCUCUCCUGUACAAACCACAAUAGGAAAGGGACAUCUCCUAUGUUAACAAGAAAAAUGGAAUAAAAAAAACUGUGGAGAAAAGUGUUUGACUUAGAGUGAUUCUGUGCUUGUUUGCUUCCUCAUUUUUCUUAAAGGAGCACUGUCACAAGUAGGAGGCUGAAAAUAUCAGACUUUGUACAGUAGCUUAUAGGUUGGGGGAGAAGGACCAAAAGAAAUGGGUUUGAAGGAAAAAAAGAGGGAUAAAUUAAGUAUAAAAUGUGACUAUAUAUGAUAAUUGUAAUUACUGCCUCCCAAUUUUGUCGUGUUUAAUAUAAAUUAAGCCUUCAAAAACACUGAACAAUUAUGUUGUGGGAAAAAAAAGAGGUAUAUAUACCUUGAAAUAACUACUUUGUCAGGAAAGAAAACAUAAUCCUACAGGAAAAUUACAAUAGGAUUUCGGUCACAUAGGAACUGAGCAAUUUUUACUUAGUUAUACAUUGCAGGAGCUGGGGAGAAGCUUUCUAAAGGUCUUGCUUAUUAAACUAGUCAUGCAUUUCACUGUAGGUUGUAAAACAGUAUAACAUACACAGGGGGCUCAUAAGCAUUUUUUAGUGGUAGGGAAUAUCAUUUAUGCACUUUUUAUAUUGUCACUAUUGCCCCUAGAGAAUGAGAUUAAGCUUUAAACUACUGUUAAUCUGCAGUUUUGCUCACCUUUGUGUAAUUUCAUUUUUAAUAGAAUGAAGCCCACAUAAAUGAAUAUUUGAUUAAGGGAUUAAACCUACUAAAAGAAUACAUUUAUUGCACACAGAUUUAUUCAAAUCUUAACUGUAUAAUACUAUAAAAUGCUAUAAAAAGAGUAUGUCUAUUGCAGUCAGCUGAACCCUGGCAGGAAAGAGUUACUGAAUAUUCUUUGGUACUAUGAAUUUUUGUAUUCUAUUGCCUUUCUGCUAAAAACUGCAUCAAAAAUGUUUUUUAAAACUUUAAAUUUCUUGGAGAUUUGAUUGUAUGAAAUUAGAGAAUGUCAUAUAGCAGGGGUCAGCUAAUACUGGCCCAACAGGGUUAGCUCCUGGUGGGCCCCCAUCACUAUAUUUCCCUGCACAGCCACUACCGUUUACCGCAAAUCACAAUUCACAGCCAAUAGGAGCCGUGGGAAGAGGUGUCCCGAUCUGUGCCACUUCCCACUGCUCCCAUUGUCAAGGAGCAGCAAGCCACAGCCAAAAGGAGUCACAAUCACCUGUACCUGUGGCUGUGCAGGUAAGUAUAGUGGAGGUGUCUCACCAGGGGCUAACCCUGGAAAACCACCACCACGUUACUGCCUGCCCCUGCCAUAUAAUCAAAUUCAGUAGCACAACUAUUAAUACAGAAUUGUUUCUGAUGUCUGAACAGUGAUCUUGAAAUAGGAAAUAUUUAAAUUUCUCAUUACUUGUAGAAAGUCUGAGGGAAGGCAUGUUAGUCUAUAACUUUUAAAAACAAGGAAUAGUUCUG